GUCUCCCCCACUUUCAAGAGUCUGAAUUAUUUUUAAUGUGCAUUUUAUUAUACGUUGGUCAUUUUAGUUUCAACAACUUGACUAAUAAUGUUGCUGGUCCUUUUAUUUGUUACUAUUUUAGGAUCGUUCACUAAAUAUGGGGCAGUACACGCUGACAUAUCGGACGCGCUCAAAAAAGAGUUUUUUAACGUUUACAAAAACGUGGCGGUCACAACAAGGGACAUAAAAUAUGAUCCUGUGACCGCCGACAAAGUGACCUACUACUUAUUCAAAAAGGAGAACCCCAACGAGUUCGUGAGGUUGGAUCCUCAGAAACUGGACAGAGUGGUGGACGAAAAUGCCAAAAUCGUAUUCCUGAUACACGGCUGGACGAACAGCAGGGAGGAGCAGUGGUACGAGGAUGUGAAGAACGCGUUUCUGAACAGGAACGAGACGUGGCACGUCGUGCAGGUGGACUGGAAGGAACCUGCCAGUGCUGUUUACACGGUCGCCUCGAUCAGUACCUAUGACGUCGGUAAUCAUAUUGCCAAUUUGAUCGUCGACUUGAACAAGAACUACGGGGUACCCUUGGAUGACUUGCUUCUGGUUGGUCAUUCGCUUGGCGGACAAAUAUGCGGCUUCAUCAGCAAGCGCAUUAAAAAGGAAACGGGUCAGACCAUCCCCAGGAUAAUUGCCUUAGAUCCGGCCGGCCCUCUGUUCACCACCAGACCGGAAGAUAAACGGCUGAACAAAAACGACGCCAAGGUUGUGCAUGUUGUGCAUUCAAACGGCGGUACUUUCGGAUACCACGACUCUAUUGGUACCAUAGACUUUUUCCCUAACGGUGGAAGCUCGCAACCAGGUUGUAAACAAAUUGAUUUGUUCGACCCCUCCAGCAUUUCAGAUCCAGUCUUCUGCGACCACAGAAGGGCCUGGAAGUAUUUCGCUGAAGCUGUCCUGAACCCGGGCACAUUCAUUGCCAAAAAAUGUGAGAGUUGGAGUAAAUUCAAACGUGAUAAGUGUGACAACGUGACUGUGUCGAUGGGCGAUGUGACCACAACCGAAACUGGUGACUUCUACUUGGAAACGAACAAAGAACCACCGUACGCUAAAAAGAGCGCACAAAGUGGUUUCGGCAUAUUAAAACUGUUCCAGCAUUAGUUUAAAUAAAACGAUUUUAUCUUA